UAAUAGCGUCGCACGAGGUGUUUUGGCUUAAUGAGUGAUGUUGCGGUGAGGCGAGUAGAUACCCCGUCUAGCUCCACAAGCCGCGCUGCUCUUUUCAUGGUCACGAUGGCUGAACACGGAUUUCAUUUAUUCGUCGUGGCUUUUGCCUUAUUCACAUGCGUAUCGUUUGCCCAGGAUGAAACUUAUGCAAGCCCUACACCUCUGGUGUCUCACUCUUGGACCACAGCCUUGUCUACAUCUUCCUUAGACACAGCCCCAGAAAUGGAGACUACUGGGGUUCCUGUGGAGUCUGGUACCAUGGCAACAGAGCUGCCAUCAAUCUCUGCGUUUACCUCAGAGUUGGCUCCCUUGAUGACCACUGUCUCCAAGAAAGGGAAGCCUUUCGUUGUGCCACUUUUUACACUACGCCGCACUGUGCCUACUACAGUUCCAGUGAAGUCUGUCAUCACUGAGUCAUCUAAAGAGGAGCUGUAUACAACUGAAUCACCUGUCACACUGGGGGAGGAGCCCUUUCCGUUAGAGGAGCCCUUUCCGCUGGAGGAGCCAGUGACCGAGGAGCCCUUUCCGCUGGAGGAGCCAGUGACCGAGGAGCCCUUUCCGCUGGAGGAGCCAGUGACCGAGGAGCCCUUUCCGCUGGAGGAGCCAGUGACCGAGGAGCCCUUUCCGCUGGAGGAGCCAGUGACCGAGGAGCCCUUUCCGCUGGAGGAGCCAGUGACCGAGGAGCCCUUUCCGCUGGAGGAGCCAGUGACCGAGGAGCCCUUUCCGACGGUGGAGCCAGUGACCGAGGAGCCCUUUCCGACGGUGGAGCCAGUGACCGAGGAGCCCUUUCCGACGGUGGAGCCAGUGACCGAGGAGCCCUUUCCGACGGUGGAGCCAGUGACCGAGGAGCCCUUUCCGACGGUGGAGCCAGUGACCGAGGAGCCCUUUCCGACGGAGGAGCCUGUGACCGAGGAGCCCUUUCCGACGGAGGAGCCUGUGACCGAGGAGCCCUUUCCGACGGAGGAGCCUGUGACCGAGGAGCCCUUUCCGACGGAGGAGCCUGUGACCGAGGAGGUGCCCGUCACAGUGACUGAGAUCCCUGUGUCAAUGCCUUCCACCACAGUCAUAACUGCGUCCACCCCAGCUACAGAGGCUACACCAACCAAGAAUUUGACAAUGGGCAACUACACCGUUGUGAGAGGAGGGGGUGGCUUGUGUGUCAAGGCUCAGAUGGCCCUAAGAAUACGAAUCGCCUACAGCACAGUCUAUAGGAACAAGUCUAAUGGUACCUUCAUCAUCCAGCCUGGUGAGACUGUUGCUACAGGAGGCUGCAGCAACUCCACAGCAACAGUGCACCUUAAGUUUGAGGAAGGCGUGGUUUUCUUUCGCUUCCAGAGAAAUGUGACCCUCGGUUUGGUCUACGUCAGCACUGUUGCCUUUGAGCUCACGUACCCUUUCGUCAACGCAGAUCCUGAACAGGGAACCUAUAGAGCCAAGAAUGAGUCUCUGCAGAUGUUCAGUGCGGCAGUUCACCACUCCUACGCCUGCAGCAGCCAGUCCGUGUCAAUGGGACCUGGGCUCCAUCUGGAUGUCAGCCAAAUAAAGAUCCAGGCCUUGGAAUUUGACGGCAAUGAAUUUGGCCCUGAGGACCUCUGUCCUGGAGAUGGGGACCACCAAAUCGCUCUGGUGGUAGGUGUCCUUGCACUGGUCGUCGUGGUGAUUGUCAUAGCAGUCUGUGUCCUCUGGAGGAGGAGAAGACUGGAUGGAUACCAACCCCUCUGAAAAUCCUGCAUCUGUACGGCGAACUCUUCCCUGUCUACAUCUGGACCUCUCCUCUGCCUGCUUUCAGUCAUUAGCAUCUACUGCUAAUCCCCUGGUCUGCUUUUUUUACACUGAGCUUUGCUUUACUUUUCUGUUUGUCCAAGUGCCAUUUUUUUGAAGUUGCUGCUCUUUCGUGACCUGUUAAGUCAAAAGGUUCUUGGUCCUUCAGGAAUUGCUGUGGUGACCUCUUACCCAUAAUUCAUCUGGUGUAAACAAAGAUUCCUGUUGUAUGGAAUGAUGUGUGUGAAUAUUUGCGCAGUUAAGGCUACAUCUGAUAAUGAGAUCCUCGAAGCUGUGUUCAUAGUCCAUUUCUCUGAUCCUUUUCAGGACUCUGGAUGUAACAUGUAUGGAAUUAAGGUUUCUCUUGGUAAAAUCAGUGCAUGAGCUUAAGCACAGCUACUGCUGGUUCAACAAAUCACCUAAUGGAAAUAAAUGUUGAACGGAGUAA